AUAAUCUUUUUUUGUGUUAAUUCUAAAAAAAAGCAACACGCGGCAAACGGGCUUCCGUACGAAUUGCACGCAUGCGCUCUGACUGCAGCAUCGGCUGAUGGAGUUUGCGGACGGCAUGUUUUAGCGUUAGCCAACUGGACCCUAUUUACCGUCAUCAUGAAAAGCAGGUUUAAUACAGUGGACAUUCGAGCUGUCAUUGCCGAGAUCAAUGCCAACUUUCUGGGUAUGAGAGUAAACAACAUUUAUGAUAUCGACACCAAGACCUAUUUAAUCCGUCUGCAGAAACCUGACACCAAAGCUGUGCUUCUGCUGGAGUCUGGGAUACGCAUUCACUCCACAGAGUUUGAAUGGCCCAAAAACGUCAUGCCCUCUGGCUUUGCCAUGAAAUGCCGAAAGCACUUGAAGUCUCGUCGUCUAGUGCUGGUGAAACAGCUUGGAGUUGACAGGAUUGUGGACAUUCAGUUUGGCUCGGACGAGGCUGCCUACCACCUAAUAGUGGAGCUUUAUGACAGGGGGAACAUUGUCCUGACAGACCAUGAGUACACCAUCCUGAACCUAUUGCGCUUCCGCACGGCUGAGGCGGAGGAUGUGAAGAUUGCGGUGAGGGAGAGAUACCCAGUGGAGAGUGCCAGGGCCCCGGAGCCUCUCAUCAGCCUGGAGAGGCUCACUGAAAUCUUGUGGAGCGGCACCAAAGGAGAACAAGUGAAAAGGAUCCUCAAUCCACACCUGCCAUAUGGGGCCACGCUGAUCGAGCACUGCUUGAUGGAGGUCAGCCUUCCUGGUUCUGUGAAACUGGAUGGCCAGUUCGACAUUACUCGAGAUGCCCCUAAGGUUCUGGAAGCUCUUCAGAAGGCAGAGGAGUACAUGGAGAAAACUGCAAACUUCAGUGGAAAAGGCUACAUCAUCCAGAAAUGUGAGAAAAAGCCAAGUUUAGCACCAGACAAGCCUCCAGAAGACUUGCUCACAUAUGAGGAGUUCCAUCCCUUUCUGUUCGCCCAACAUGCAAACAGCCCUCACGUGGAGUUUGAGUCAUUUGACAAGGCAGUUGAUGAGUUCUACUCCAAGAUGGAGAGCCAGAAGAUUGACAUGAAGGCCCUGCAGCAGGAGAAGCAGGCCCUGAAAAAGCUGGACAAUGUGAGGAGGGACCACGAGCAGCGGCUGGAGGCUUUGCACCAAGCCCAGGAGCUGGAUCGGCUGAAGGGGGAGCUGGUGGAGAUGAACCUGGCCGUGGUGGAGCGAGCGCUGCAGGUGGUGCGGAGUGCUCUGGCUAACCAGGUGGACUGGACAGAGAUUGGCCUGAUCGUGAAGGAGGCCCAGGUCGCUGGAGACCCUGUGGCUUGCGCCAUCAAGGAGCUGAAGCUGCAGACCAACCACAUUACCAUGCUGCUGCGGAACCCGUACAUCGGAUCAGAUGAGGAAAGAGAGGGGGAGGAGGAGGAGGAGGUUGAGGAGACAGAGGAGAACGAGGGGCAUAAAGGGAGGAAGAAGAAAAACAAGAACAAGAGUCAGAAGGGCAAAGCCCAGAAGAACAAACCCAUGCUGGUGGAUGUGGACCUCAGCCUUUCAGCCUACGCCAAUGCUAAAAAGUACUAUGACCACAAACGGCACGCAGCCAAGAAAGAGCAGAAAACAGUGGAGGCAGCAGAGAAGGCUUUCAAGUCUGCAGAGAAGAAGACCAAGCAAACCCUGAAAGAGGUUCAGACAGUGACAACCAUCCAGAAGGCCAGAAAAAUCUACUGGUUUGAGAAGUUUCUGUGGUUUAUCAGCUCGGAAAAUUACCUCAUUAUAGCGGGGCGGGACCAACAGCAGAACGAGAUGAUCGUCAAACGCUACCUGAGGACAGGUGACAUCUAUGUCCAUGCUGACCUCCACGGAGCCACCAGUUGUGUCAUCAAGAACCCAACAGGUGAACCUGUGCCUCCACGCACCCUGACAGAGGCAGGCACCAUGGCAGUCUGCUACAGUGCAGCUUGGGAUGCCAAGGUCAUCACCAGUGCCUGGUGGGUGCACCAUCACCAGGUGUCCAAGACAGCUCCAACUGGAGAGUAUCUGACAACUGGUAGCUUCAUGAUCAGAGGGAAGAAGAACUUUCUGCCACCCUCUUACCUCAUGAUGGGUUUCGGUUUCCUCUUUAAGGUGGACGAGCAGUGCGUGUGGAGACACCAGGAUGAGAGGAAGGUGAAGACGGUGGAUGAGGACAUGGAGUCAGUGACCAACAGCACUGCAGACCUGCUCAUUGAUGGGGAGGAGCUUAUAGGUGAUGACAGUAGCAACGAAGGAGAGGGGGAUGGAAGGGAAAAUGAAGAAAGAGGUGAAGAGGAAGGGAUGAAGGAAGGAGAGGAGGAAGGGGUGAUGAAGGAGGAGAGUAGUGAAGAAGUGGGGGAGGAAGAGGGUGAGGAGGAGGACUUCAAAGUGCCAGAGAGCCUCACUGAGGUUGCCAAGAGGGCAGACAAUUCGGAGGAAGAUUCAGACCACCAGGAGGAACUGGAGGUGGAGGAAGAGGUGGGGGAGGAGCUGGAAGUGGAGGUGGAGCCAGAGGCUGAAGGGGGCAGCUCAGAGAUGAAGACUGUGGGGGGUGAUGAGGAGAUCAGUUUUCCUGACACCACCAUCUCCCUGUCCCACCUGCAGUCCUCCAGGAGCCUUCACAAUGUACCCUCAGGUUUCAAACAGGAGGUGUUCAAUCAGUCUGAGGUUGACAUGCAGGGGAGAAAACACCUAACAGCCAAGCAAAGAAGGGAUAUGAAGAAGAAGAAGAAGCAGCAGGAUGAUGCCGACUACCAGGAAGAAGCAGAGAACAAGGGGGAGGAGACAGCCAGCCCAGCUGUACCAAAUCAGGACAAGCAGAGCACCACCAAAAGUGGAGCCUCCCAACAGCCUUUGAAGAGAGGCCAAAAGAACAAGCUUAAAAAAAUCAAGGACAAGUACAAGGACCAGGAUGAGGAGGACAGGGAGCUGCGAAUGAAACUGCUGGGGUCUGCAGGUUCCAACAAGGAAGAGAGAGUGAAAAAAGGCAAAAAGGGGAAGGGGAAGGAGGAACCCGCUGCCCGGAGGGGUCCACAGAAACCAGCGCAGAAACCUCGGCCACAAGGGGUUGCUGUGAAGAGACUGGAGCCCCAGGCUGGGGAGGAGGGUCCAGCAGGGGGUGAACAGGAACAAGACGACAAGGAAGCCGAUGACAUGGAACUAGACAACCCCGGAGCAGAGGAGGGGGAGAACCUGCUCACCUCUCUGACAGGUCAGCCUCACCCAGAGGAUGUGCUGCUCUUCGCCGUGCCUGUGUGCGCCCCCUACACCGCCCUCACCAACUACAAGCACAAAGUCAAGUUAACUCCAGGCACACAGAAGAAGGGAAAAGCGGCCCGGACCGCUGUGUUCAGCUUCAUGAAGGCCAAAGAGUCCACAGCCAGGGAGAAGGACCUCUUCCGCAGCGUGAAGGACACAGAUUUAUCAAGAAACAUCCCAGGCAAAGUGAAAGUAUCAGCACCCAACCUGUUGGCAGUGAAGAAGAAAUAAGCCAACAGGAAA